AGAAAGAGAAAGGGCGCAACUCACUUCAUAAAUUAUACGUUGGUGUGGGUCAUCGUCAUCCAGAGUGAUGGACACAUGGAGCGAAGCUGUCUCCUGGAAUUUUUUUCUCAAGGCACACAGUGGAGAAAGGCGAGGCAAAGUGAGAGGGACUGAUGGAUGCUCCUCACUACUGCCUCGCCUCUGGGGAGUUUGGUGGUCCAUGAUCCAUAACUCUCAUGAUCGGAAUAUCGCACCAGUAGUGCUGUCCAGUGCUGCUGCUGCUGCUGCUGCUGCUGCUCUCGCAUCGGCCAGGGGCGAAGGCAAUGCAGGCUCGCCGAGACGUCACUCUUUCUCGAGAAUUUGCAAUGGUCACCUGCUUUGAAAAGACAGGGAAUGUGGAGAGGUGAGACGUAGAUCUGGGAUGCUCGAGAGCUAGCUAUGGCAACAUGGAUAUUUGGGAUUGUUGGAGCAGCGUCUGUCAUCUCCGCGGCAGUGUUCGUCGUGUCCAUCUUCCAGCUGCUCAUCAUGAUCCACCGGAGGCUCAAGGCCGGCAAGCACCACGUCCUUCCCGUCGCUUCCGGCGGCGGCACCAAGGGGAAGGAGAGCCUGGUCAAGGGCGCUGUUAGAGGACACGUUCUGAGCUUCACGCUCCAGGAAGUGGAGCUACUGAGCGAGGGGUUUAGUAACCUCAUCGGGCAGGGGAGCACCAACCGGGUUUACAAGGGAAUUCUCUCGGAUGGGAUGGAGGUGGCUGUCAAGAAACUCAAGCAAGAUGUUGCCGAGUGCUCGGAUGUGGAAGCCAGCUUCCGGUUCCAGAUGGAGCUUCUCUCACGCGUUCACCACCAGCAUUUGGCAAACCUCGUGGGCAUCUGCGACGAGAAACAAGAGAGGAUGCUCCUCUUCCAAUACGCUCCCAAUGGUACGCUGUUUGAGAACCUGCAUACGGGAGACGAGAACCUCUCGUGGAAGCAGAGAAUGCGCAUCAUCGUAGGUGCUGCAUACGGCUUGGCAUACCUCCACCACCUAUGCAACCCUCCAGUCAUACACGGUGACUUGAGGUCUCGCAACAUACUCCUCACUGAAGACUUUGCCGCAAAGAUCACAGGGCUGGGGAGGGUGCCUAUUGCUGGGAGCUCGGAGCUGGCACUGGUUCGCAAGACGGGUGGCUACGUGGACCCGGAGAUAGUGCACCGGGGAGUGUAUAGCCGAGCCGGGGAUGUGUUCUCCUUUGGUGUGCUGCUGCUCGAGGUUCUAUCGGGAAAGCAGGCCUUCUCCGAGGAGACCGGCAUGCUUGUGGAAUGGGCGCAGCAGUUCCUACAAAGCCGGGACAGGAUGAUGGAUCUGGUGGACAAGUCGAUGAGCAACGUGUGCCCCAUGGAGCUCUACUCGGUUUGCGAGCUGGCGCGGCUGUGCACGCAGCGGGAGUCUUCAAGCCGGCCCUCCAUGCGGGACGUGUCGGACUUGCUGGUGCAGUCUCUGGCCAUCCCGGCCGAGGCUGCUGCCCCGGUUAGCAGCCCCGUCACCUUGAGAGGUCUCAUGGAAGGAUAGACAAACACGCGAUUCCUUGACAAACAAAGAGCUCGCAUUUCUUCACUGUC